UUGCGUUUCCGACGACAGGUUUGUUUACGAAGACUCGCGGCAAAGUAUACCUACAUCACCUACUACUUUUCCUCAGGUACCGUUGUUUCUUGCCUCUUUUGCGGGACUGAAAAUUCUCUCUCCAAUUUUGUUUGCAGAAAAGAUGCAUUCCAGAGUCUUCCGAAUAUUGACAGUUCUCAAUUUACAUGCCUUGGCUUUAAAGGAAACACUGGUCUGAAAAGACCCCGAAGCUUAGAUGGUGAGGCAGCCAUUGGCUCAUCUGUGAAACGCGCAGUGCAAGCCGCGCCAACCAAUCCAGCGCUUUCAUAUUGGUAUUUGGCACCUUCUGCACAGCAAACGACUAUGCGCAGCUCUGCUGUUGAACAACCUUUACUAGUUUGCCCAAGCUAUGCAGACUUACAAAACCCUCAGAUGAUGAGUUCCCUAUCUCAUCACUUCGCAAAUGAUCAAGGUACUAGUGACGAUGUGUUAUGUGCCGGUUACACUGAACGUAAUUCAGUUACUAAACAUCCGGUCACGUCCGAUGCUGACACUCCUCGUCAACAGAGAGUGGGUUUUCUCAAUCAAACUUCCAUCUUUUCUUUCAAUGCGUGA